UAAUUUGGAUGUAAUAACCCAUCUCUUUUGGCGAGCAGCAAUAUGAUGCCAAAUAGAAGUAAUCUUGCUUACCACAGUCUUAGAACAGGCAGCUAAGAUAAAUAGCUUAUACAGAAAAUUUGUUUCUGGUGUACCACUAACAUCAUUGAUUUGGUGGCGUCUCAUCUCACACAGAUUCCAACAAGAUGUUGGAAGAAUAUGGCCAUAUGCAAAACCAGGUGGAAUUACAAAACACCAGUUUGGGAAAAGAAGUAGUUAUGAAUUCUCUUGAAACUGAUCUCCAGCAUAUAAUGGACAAACUCAGCCAGAAAAAAUACUCAUCAAGUCUGAAAUUAAAAACAAAUGAAGACUACUCUGGUUCUUAUUUAACUCUCUCCCAGCCUCUGGCACCUAAAUUGAGCCCUGCAUCCAGUGUUAAAAGUGUGCCAUCUGUUUCCAAAAUUCAGGGAAUCAAACCUUUGGCUUAUGAGAACUCUUAUCUUUCAGACAAAAAUGCUUCUCUAAAGCAUAUGGGCCCCAUUUCAGGCACAUUCUCAUCAUUAAGUGGGUGCAGCCUUGGAAAGAAAGACUUCGAUGUUUAUGCUACCAGAGAAAAUGAAAAACAGUUUGGACAUCUGAGUAAAUUUCCCUAUUCAAAGUACAGUCAGAAGAAUAAAUCUCAUGAUAGUGUCUAUUUCCCAGGAGCACUGGAUGGGUGGAAAAACUCUGGCUCUCUUCUUACAAUGUGGAAUGGGAAUUCAGGAAAUGAUAUCAUUAUUUCCCCAUUCGGCAGCUCUGGAGCUGCCAGUAUGCCCUCUAGUCCAAAACAAAGCAGGAAAAUGAAUAUACAUGACAUUAUCUCCAUUCAGGCUAGGUCAACUAAACAAAAGGAUUCAGCAAUGGAAGCUCAGGAGCCUAGAACCAGAAAAUAUCCGAGUGGGUCAUUGAGCCACAUGGGAGUUUAUAGUCGGUCAUUGCCCAGGCUUUAUAAAUCAACAGAAAGCCAACUCACACCACUGAGUUUACCACCCAGAAGCUCUUUGGGGAAUUCCAAAAGAAAAAAGACUAUUGAAAAAGACCCUCUACCUCAAAAUAUACUGGAUGCCGACAAUUACCUUCAUUUUUCUUCUUGCACUUCAGGAGUAUUGCCAUACUCAAACUUUCUACCUGAAGUGAAUUCCUAUGUAAAUUCAACUCUCAGUGUUCCUGCAAGCCCCCGGAUAGCUAGGAAAAUGCUUCUGGCAUCUACUUCCUCAUAUGCAUCUGAUGACUUUGAUAGGGUUGGAUUGUCAGGAACAAGCCCUAAUAAUUCAUUUAUUCUUGUUGAUGCCGAGAGAGGGUUUCCUGCAAGAAGAAGAAUUUCCAAUAGCUCUAUGGAGUUUGAUGAAACAGAUUUGGAAAGCCACAGGCAGACUCCUUCCAUGCGAGAGAGAAAGAGCAGCAUUAGUUCUGUUUCUGGAAGAGAAGACCUAAUGGACUACCAUAGGAGGCAAAGAGAAGAAAGGCUGAAAGAACAGGAAAUGGAGAGACUGGAGCGCCAGAGACUAGAGACCAUUCUUAAUCUGUGUGCAGAAUAUUCCAAGCCUGACAAUGAACCUGCCACAGUCACUACCGUAGCGGAUGUUCAGAAAAUUAAUAAAGAACUUGAAAAACUCCAGUUGUCUGAUGAAGAUUCUGUCUUUGAAGACUCUCAGAUAAUAGCAGACUCAAGAUUCAGAGAUCUUUUGCAGCUUCCAGCUGAAGAUUCUGAUUUCUCUGAACUUGGUGAUCUUGGACAAAAUUCUAUGGGUUUCUUUUCCUCAAGAGGAAUCAGAACGAAUAAACAUUUAAAUGGCAACAGGACAAGUUCACCUUUAUCUUCUACUUUCCUGAAGGAUGUCACUGAAUCUCCCUAUCUAAGCAUUAUGUCAAAGUCACCAGAAUGCAUAAGCAAUGAACAAAUAACAUCAGAACUUACUCAAAUGGAAGAACAGCGCAUUAUAAUACUAAAUAACCUGGAAGAACUUGAACAAAAGAUCAAAGAUUUAAAUGAUCAGAUGGAUGAAUCCUCCAGAGAGAUGGAUAUGGAAUGUGCUCUGUUGGAAGCAGAGCAGAAAUCUGAAACAGCUGAACUGCUGAAGGAGAAGGAAAUAGUAGAUCAUUUGAACAGGAAGAUAGCAGAGUUGGAGAGAAAUGUCAUUGGUGAAAAGGCCAAGGAAAAAAUAAAGCUUGAUGCUGAGAGGGAAAAACUAGAAAAGCUUCAGGAGCUUUACUCCGAGCAGAAGACUCAGCUUGAUAAUUGCCCCGAGUCCAUGAGGGAACAAUUACAGCAGCAGCUUAACAGGGAUGCAGACUUGUUGGAGGUAGAAAGCAAACAUUUUGAAGAUUUGGAAUUUCAGCAGCUUGAAAAUGAAAGCAGAUUAGAUGAAGAAAAGGAGAAUUUAACACAACAGCUUCUGCGUGAAGUUGCUGAAUAUCAGCGUAGCAUUGUCAGUAGAAAGGAAAAGGUUUCUGCUCUCAAAAAGCAAGCCAGUCACAUUGUACAACAAGCACAAAGAGAACAAGAUCAUUUUGUGAAAGAAAAAAACAAUUUACUAAUGAUGUUGCAGAGGGAGAAAGAAAAUCUUUGCAAUCUAGAAAAGAAGUAUUCCUCUCUAUCCGGAGGCAAAGGAUUUCCUCUGAGUCCCAGCAGUCUAAAAGAGGAUUUUGUGAAUGUAAAUGACAUUAGUGACCCGCAUGGCAAUUCAAUGAAUAUCUCCCCUUCUACUCAGCCCCCCUCUGCUGCUGAUGCUGCUCCCACUGAAUCUUCCACAUCUGGCCUGAUAAGCCAGUCACAAAAUAAAGAGCAUUUCCGAAAUUUGGAAGAGAGAAAGAAACAGCACAAAGAAGGCCUGUACAUGAGUGAUACUUUGCCUCGCAAGAAAACGGCUCCUCCCAUAUCACCUCAUUUCAGUAGUUCUACUCUUGGACGAAGCGUUAAAGGUCACCUGCCACUGGGACAAAGCAGUAGUUGUGGCAACAUACUUCCUCAUUGUUCAGGAUCUAUGACCAAAGAUUUGGAGACAAGAAGAACACAUAAAGGUUAUAAUCAUCAGCACCUCCGUGAGGAUCAAAGCCAGAAGUCUCCUGAAUUCUACAGCAGAACUGCCUCAGAAUCAAAUGUGUAUCUGAAUACCUUUCAUUAUCCUAAUUCUAAUCUGAAAGACCACACCUUUGAUACGCUUAGUUUAGAUAGCUCGGACAGUAUGGAGACAAGUAUAUCUGCCUGUUCCCCAGAUAAUAUUUCCAGUGCCAGUACUGCAAAUGUGGCAAGAAUAGAAGAGAUGGAAAGACUUUUAAAACAAGCUCAUGCUGAGAAGACACGAUUGCUUGAAUCCAGGGAACGAGAAAUGGAAGUUAAAAAAAAGGCACUAGAAGAAGAAAAGCGUCGUAGAGAACAGUUAGAAAAAAGGUUACAAGAAGAAACUAGUCAUCGACAAAAACUAAUUGAAAAAGAAGUCAAGAUACGUGAAAAGCAGAGAAGCCAGUCUCGUCCCCUGACCCGUUAUUUGCCAGUCAGAAAGGAAGAUUUUGAUCUGCGUGGCCACAUAGAGACAGCUGGUCAUAAUAUAGAGACUUGUUACCAUGUCUCACUCACUGAGAAGACUUGCCGAGGCUUUCUUGUUAAGAUGGGAGGGAAAAUUAAAACCUGGAAAAAACGAUGGUUUGUGUUUGAUAGAAACAAGAGAACAUUUUCUUAUUAUGCAGACAAACAUGAAACUAAAUUAAAAGGAGUAAUUUAUUUCCAAGCCAUUGAAGAAGUCUAUUAUGAUCAUUUAAAGAAUGCUUGCAAGAGUCCUAACCCAUUGCUUACCUUCAGCGUUAAAACUCAUGACAGAAUAUAUUAUAUGGUGGCCCCAUCACCAGAAGCUAUGCGAAUAUGGAUGGAUGUAAUAGUUACAGGAGCAGAAGGUUACACACACUUCAUGUUGUAGUUAAAUGUAAAGCAAAGUUUCAACAAUAGGGCAUAAUGCAAUAAUAGCUGUGUUUGUGAGGGUGGAAAGCCAUAUAUGGUCAUAUUUGACAAGUCAUAUGUAUAAAAUUCUAUUACUAGACCUAAUCUUAUAUCUCAAAAGGAAAUGCAUCAUAUGUAAGGCAACAUGAAAUUCUGGUGAGAUUGACUUUAUUUUGUUAUGUAUUAGAUUCAUUAGAUGUUGACACAACAGACAAAAUCCCCUCUAAAAGAUCAGUACCCUUCAAAAAUGAAUAACCGGAUAUUCAUAAGCCAAUUUCUGUGGCAUUUUCUUACAAGUUCUACCAGGCAAAACUUUCCUUAUGGAAAAAAUGCCAUUAAGUUAACAGUGUUGCUAUGCUUUUAAGUAUAGUAUUUUGUAUUAUGAAAGUGAGAAAGAAAGAUACGAUGCCUCUAUAU